AAAAAAAGAACAAAAGUGAAAAGACAAAGUAACUUGGUCGCCCGAAGAGUGAGCGGUCGCCAGCAUUUCCGUCGCCAACCGAUUGCCGCUGCAUCUGAUGAUGCCCGGAAUGCCUGCUCAACUGUCUCCCGACUCUGCUUCGUCUGCCUUGUCCAGCUCGCCGGUCCGCGCAGCUGGUUCUUUCGCGAACACCCCCUUCAGCAAUGUCUCCCGUCCAUCGUCACAACCUCCCAACUGGUCGCCUUCCGCUACCCGUCAAGACAUGACGCCCCCCGAGGGUGACGGGCCCCCGCCGGGCGCAUCCGCCUCGUUCGUCGCAGACCCAAGGACUGGUCUGGACAUGACCUUGAUGGCGGUUCCGCAAUUUCCCAACGCCCCUCGCGACGCCGCCCCGGUCGCGGUGACGGCGAUCGUCAACGCAGUGAUGGAGCCGGAAGGAUUCGCCCGCUACAGUCAUGCUGCCGACCCAUCGACGCCCCGGCUCACCUCGUCAUCUCCGUCGAGAGAGUGGUAUGAUACCGACUCGGAAUUGACUGACUCGGAAAUGACCGACGUGCUCUCGGACGUCGGGGGCGUCCCGCUGGGGCCAUACUUGAGUGCAUACAACGAGGAGGUUCCGGGCCCAGUAUACGCGCACGGGAUAUCCUCGAGCAUCUCGGAGAUGACCGAUGACGAUGAGGAUGAGGAUGAGGCGGCCGACUUGAUCAUCGACUACGAUUCGUCCGUCGUGGAGACGCGACCGACGACCCUGUCCGAGUUGGAUCACGAUCCCGACGACACUUACAAGUUCUACAUGGAUGAUGGCGGAGAGGAAUCUGACUACGAGGAUCCUGAGGCGCGGGCCCGCCGCAGUACUGCCGCCUUAUCGGAAGUCGAUUUCGAUGAGUUCUAUCAGGGACUGGACUCUGGGUACGUGCCGCAGUCUUCGGAGAUGGUUCCCGGCGCCGCCGCCGCCGCCGCCGCCCACGAUGACCACAGCGCUUCCGUGUCCGAGGGAGAUGAGGCCAGCGGCGUUGACGCACCGAAUGAGCAACAUGUUACAGACCCGGCUGGUGGGACAGUCAAAGAACGGAACUUGACCAUCGAUCAAUUUCUCGGGCAAUGGUGCCGCCAUUCAUACGCGCCCUCAAUGCCCUACCCCUCACGUGGGCUUACUCCGAUCUCUCGCGUCGCUCUCGAUAGUCUGCUGGUGUGGACGCCGCCGGCCAAGAUUGUGCGGCCGGCCGGGUAUCGAUGGGACUUUUUUGAUAUCCAGCAGAUUCCGUGGAAGGAGGUGUUGCAGGUCAAACGGUCUUAUGCGCGGGAGUUGCGAGAUCACUCGUACACCUCCUACCAUAACUUGGAGUACUCGCGCCAACGGCCGGGAGCGAGAUUGCCACAGGAUGAAACCUUUUUUCGCGAGAAGGCCAUGUACACGGGCCACAAGGCGAGCAUCGAGCAUUUCCAGCUGCGCAACCUCAUGUCCGCGGCGGCCUACCAUACGGUCCACUUUGCGCACGAAUCGAAGAUCUACUCGUGGGUCCCGGUGUACGAUGAGCUGCGGUGCCUGAUCGAUCUGUCCAAGCCGACGGUGGAGUCCGGACUGCAGGCCCCGGUGAAGAUCUCGACGAUGAAGUCGGCGCAUGACAUCACGAUCGCGGGAGGGUUCGCCGGCGAGUACGCUUUACGCGCGCUGGGCACAGCCGGGUCAGGGAUCGCGGGGUAUGUGACGCAAGAUCCGAACGGCAUCACGAACCACAUCGACGUGGUGCCGAGUCGCAGCAGUCGAUCGCCGCUGGGGAUCUUCGCGUCGAACGACCGCCAUCUUCGGGUGCUGGACUGCGAGACGAACACGUUCCUCGCCGACUACGAGCUCUCGCGCGCGGUGAACUGCACGGCGACGGCGCCGGACGGGCGUCUCCGGGUGGUGAUUGGCGACUCGCCGGAUGCGUGGGUGGUGGAGGCGGACAGCGGGCGGCCGGUGCAUCCGCUGCGGGGCCAUCGCGACUUUGGGUUUGCGUGCGCGUGGUCGCCGGACAUGCGGCACAUUGCGACGAGCAACCAGGACAAGACGGCGAUCAUCUGGGACGUGCGCAUGUGGCGCAUGCUGCAGAAGAUCGAAUCCGAUGUGGCCGGGUACCGCUCGGUGCGGUUCUCCCCCGUGGGCGGGGGGUCGCGGACGCUGCUGCUGUGCGAGCCGGCGGACCGGGUCACGAUUGUGAAUGCGCAGACGUACCAGGGCCGGCAGGUGCACGACUUCUUCGGGGAGAUUGGCGGGGCGGACUACUCACCGGACGGCAGUACGAUCUGGGUGGCCAACACGGACGAGCACUUUGGGGGGUUCAUGGAGUACGAGCGGCGACAAUGGGGGCAACGGUAUGGACCGCAGGGGCUGCCGAACGAGUGGACGCGGGAAGCGGAGUUGGAUGAGGACGAGCGGUGCCUGUUGAGGGAGCGUGAGCGACAGCAGCGGGUGCUGUGGAAUCUGGGGGAUGAGGAGCAUGAAGCGUUGAUCUUGUAGUUAUACGGAGAGUGUAGUGGGGGUGUGUUUGGGGGGGUUGCAUUAGCGAGAUACCAGUAGACUGUACAUUGUCUACAUUUGCGUCUAUAUUACGACUGAUGAUUUGCCUGAUGAGCCAGAUGAGUGUUUAACAGGUAACAGUUGACAGUUAA